AUGAAGUGGGUUCGUGGAGCAACAAUCGGCCAUGGAAGCUUCGCCACAAUCAGCAUAGCAACGCCCAGAAAAUCCUGUGCUGAAUUCCCUCCACUCAUGGCCGUGAAAUCCUCCAAAGUCUCUUGUUCUGAUUCGUUGAAGAACGAGAAACGAGUGCUUGAUGCGAUCGGAAGUUGCCCGCAAAUCAUUCGAUGUUUCCGUGAAGCACAGAGCGUCGAAAACGGCGAGAAGUUCCACAAUCUUUUCAUGGAGUACGCCUCGGGAGGAAGUUUGGCAAACAGAGUCAAGAGCCAAGGCCGUCGUUUGCCAGAAUCGGAAAUUCGCCAGCACGCAAAAUCGAUCCUAAAGGGGCUUUCAUUCAUGCACGCGAAAGGGUUCGUCCACUGCGAUAUUAAGCCUCAGAACAUUCUCGUCUUCGACAACGGAUCCGUCAAAAUAGCCGACUUCGGGCUCGCAAAAGAGUCGGGCAUGGAACAAAACAACUACAUGAUAAGAGGUACUGCCCUAUACAUGUCACCGGAGUCAGUAAACAACAAUGAGUAUGAAUCGCCCUGUGACGUUUGGGCUCUCGGCUGCACGGUGGCGGAGAUGGCGACCGGAAAGCCGGUGUGGGAUCACGAGGAGGGGGCGAGUGUUUGGCCUCUCUUGAUUAGAAUUGGCGGAGAAGAAGAGCCGGAAAUUCCCUCGGAGAUUUCGGAGGAAGGCAAGGAUUUUCUCAGAAACUGUUUCGUUAAGGAUCCGAGGAAGAGAUGGACGGCUGAGAUGCUUUUAAGUCACCCGUUUGUUGUGUCUGAUUAUGAUAAUGGUGAUGAUGCUAAAGACACUGUUCUAUUAAACGAAGAGAAUUGCGUAUCAACUUCUCCAAGAUGUCCUUAUGAUUUCCCAGCAUGGGUUUCGACUUCGGAGCAGGAGAUUUCACCAGAAUUAAGUUGCUUUCCUUCGCCGGCGGAUAAACUCCAGGAGUUGGUGACAGAGGAGAGACCCAAUUGGUCGUUUUCCGAUAGUUGGGCAACAGUCAGGAAUUACAACAAUUGUUGCUAG